GAGGCUCGAAACAAUUUAAAACAUCUAAAAAUACGUUUCUGGAAAUUCGCAGCAGCUUUAGUGACCACCCAAAUUCUGUCACUAAAAGCCUAAACGUCUGUUGCUAAAACCUCAGAAUUGCACCCUCAUGAAAAAUCACCAAAUCGAUCGAUCUAACUCAAAGGGAUGGAGUUCCCUUACCUCUAGAACGUGCCUAGACCUAGGUUGGAUGACCCGGGACGUUGAUCUCCUUGUUGACCGAACUCUCAACGUCACCGCUAAUAAAAUACGAGCUUCAGAUUAGACUAUCGAUAAAUCGAGUUUAGAAAUCGCAAAGGGGUUCAUGAUCCUUACCUAGAACACGAAAGGGAUUGGAUUCGGAUUGGGAUCGGGAUCGGAAUCGGAAUUGAGGUCGGGAUCGGACACUAUGGAUCGCUAUGGUGGCAUCAUCACGAGGAUCGCCCGACACUUCCAAGUGAAUCUGGCUCGCUGCACCAGAGUCGGAAGGACGGAGUCCUUCCUAGUGGAGACAUUAUAUAACCAGAAGUUGGUACUCCAGGGCGAGAGAGGAGUGGAGUACCUUGACGGACUCCGACCUUCCAGAGUCAUCCGAGCUGCAGUAGCACCGGCUCUAGUGGAGCCUAACCUCGAGGUCCCACCAGCAGCAGAGCAGCCACCUGCUCGUGCACCCGGCCGCCGCCGGCGCACACUGCUCCAGUACCCUGCACAGCAGCCACCACCACCACCACCAGCAGGUGAUCCCCCCGUUCAGAGGGUGGAUCGCCUAGGACGAACUUCAUGGGAUUCUCAUCCCGCCUCGACCGGUAGAUCGAUAUUCUCGAGCUUAUGGCUCGACGCCAGGGUAUCCUACUAGAGGCUGGAGAGGGUCCUUCCACAGGAGAUAUGUAGCCGACGAGUGAGACAUGUGGUAGAGCGGAGUCCUUUUGCCCCACUUCUCUACUUGUAACCCUGAACUUGUGUUCUUUUUGUUUUUGUUAUUUUCUUCAUUUUGUGUGUGUGUGACAUAAACUACUAUUAUGUGUUGUGCUUGUAAUAACCUCGCCUCGAGUGAGUCAUAUUGUGUUUCUGUGUGUGUUUUUUUGUCUCUCCUUGAAGCUCAAAUUAUCCUACCCCGGUUAGAUUCCAACUUUCACUCACCAAGCCCAAGCGGUAACAUCAUUCUAUCCCUUUCUCACGCCAUUGAGGGCAAUGUCGAGUUUAAGUGUGUGUGUGUGUGGGGGGGGGGGGUAGUUUACUAGUACAUUUGUGUGAGUGUGAUUUAUGCUUGGAGCCUUUUAUAUGCCUAAAUUUCAAAAAUUUGAGGGCUCCAAGCAAUGUUUGCAUGAUCAAAGUGGCCAGAUGGUGGGAAAUUCUCGUGUUUAUUGGCAUUGAUCUUGAAUUGUUGCAUGUGAUCGAGUAUAUCCUAUGAUGAUGACUGAGAAGUUCAUUAGGAUAGGGCAAAAUUUUAGUUCUUAGGUGUGCAUAAAUGAAUGGAUGUCUUGACUUGAUCACUUGUUGCGUACAAUUGCCAUGCAUUGUGUUUGUGAAUUGGAAUAGAUGGUUGGGUAACUAGGUAGCCUGUGAGCUUUGAGCCGAUCGUUUUCUCCGGUGUGAUAGUUCCCUCUUACCACGGUGUGUAGCAUCACAGUUGUCACUAGCAAGUAUGAUGGAGGCAUAGGACUAGUCCACGCCCAAAUGUUGAUUGUCCCGAAAUGUGUUAUCCUUUAGUCAACCCCUUUGAGCCUUGUGACUUCGAGGGUCGUUCUCAAUUUAGGAGCUUCGUGCGUGUGAGCUUAAUGGUGUUAAUAGAAUGACACCCAAUCCUUUCUUCGUGUCUAAACAAGAGUCAUCCUUGUGUCCUGGAGCUCUCGCCUUUGAGUUUCCAUAGAGGUUCUACAUAGGAGGUUCGCGUGCGGUCCUUGCUAGGGAUGAGAAAAAUGAAGUGUAGUUUUGGAGUAGAUAGCAUUGGUCGUUAAAUGUAUAGGUGGCAAGUGUUUUUACUCUCUAGCACUCCCCUCAAAAAGAAAAGAAAAAGAAAGAAAAGAGAAACGAAAAAAGAGGUAAUAAAAUGGGGUGAAUAAA